AUGGCACCCUCCCGGCCUUCCAGCGACGACUACCUGGCCGAUUCUGAAGGCAGCAACGACAGCCACAACUACGAGAUGGAGACCCCGCACUUCAAACUGCCAGCUCGCAACAAGUCAAAGAAGUACCGUCGCGUCACCGUCCGUACACCAUCAGAGGAAGGAGCCAGCCAGCAAGAUCAACGCUUCGGUCGACCUCGUCGCAGCCCUGCUCCAUACACGUCUUCGCGCCGCCGUCGCCGCGACAACGAGGAGAGCAGCAAGCCCAGCCAGCCCGAGGAUAGUGGUGCACAACCUAACAACCCCACUGUCACUACAGCCCCCCUUGGCGCCAACCCUGUCUACAUUCACAACACAGCCGUUCCUCACGCGUACAACUCUGGCCAACAGCCGUUCGUCGUCUCUGUUCAGCCCAACAACACACCUUACUUCCAAGCAACAAACCUUGGAGGUCAAUCAGCACCGCUCAAUCCCGCCAACAGAGCUAUCAACGACAGGAUGGACGAGUACCAGAACGCAACUCCUGCCAACAACGGCAUCAAUUUCCAGCCUCAGGUCCCCGACACCAGUCUCGGCCCCAUGAUCCACCAAUAUGUUCCUCGAUUCGAUGCUGGUGGUGCCGCCUACGUGGUCCAGCCUGGCAUCGCUCCCCCGGGCAGCGCCGUCCCCCUCCAGGCCGGCCCCACCACCGCCCCCAUCAUGCACGUCGUCGGUCAGCAGCCCUACCAUUCUCAACCGAUGAUGAUCGCCGGAGGCCCUGCAGGUCCAGGCGCAGGUCCGCCCGUCAUGAUGGCGGCUGGCGGUAUGGGUGGUGGCGUCCCUCCCGGACAGCCCGUGUUUGUGAACGGAGGACCUGUCCCUAUGAUGCCAGGUAACUUCCCCGGCCAUGCUGCCUACCAUCACUUUAACCCCGCGACCGGCGUCGGCCAGACCGCAGGCGAGGUCGCGGCCAUGGCCAUGAUGGACCGCGAGCUCAACGAGCCACAGGAUUUUAAGCCCGGCGACGACAACCCCUCCCGCAUGUACCAGGUGCGCCAGCUCGAUGGCCAGUGGGUCCCCAUGCCUCGCGCUACGAUCGACUCCUUCGGUAAGGACGGUGCGCGUUGGUACGUCACCGAUGAUGGCGUGUUCUACGCUGUUCGCCUGGACGGCUAA